ACUGACUGACUGUCUCUCCCUUUCUGUCUCGGCUCCUCCGCCAGCUGCCAGGUGCGCCUGCUCCGCCUGCGCGCUCCCUUUCCCUCCUCUCUCUCUCUCUCCGUCCGGGGCUCCUUAAAAUAGUGCUCGUUCAAUGCACCAGCCUGACUCAGCGGUAGACACCAGCGUCGGGAAGAUGGCGCACCCGGCGAUGCUUCCUCGGAGGGGCAGCAGCAGCAGCGGCGGCGGCGGAGGCAGUAGUAGCAGCAGCGUCAGCGUCGCGGUGCCGGCCUUGUGUCCGGCAGGCAGCGGCGUCGGAGGCAGCGGCGGCGGCGGCGUCUUGGAAGAUUACCCUCCGCCCUUGCUCGUUCAGCCGCCGCCUCCUCCUCUUCCUCCCUCCUCCUCCGCAGCAGCGCCUUCGUCUUCUCCCGGGCUGCCUCCUCCGCAGAGCCUGACCCUCCUCUCGCAGCCGCAGCCCCUCGGCCAGGCAGGGGCCCAGAUGAAGAAGAAAAGCGGCUUCCAGAUCACCAGCGUGACCCCCGCCCAGAUCUCGGCCAGCCUCAGCUCCAACAACAGCAUCGCCGAGGACACGGAGAGCUACGACGACCUGGACGAGUCGCACACGGAGGACUUGUCGUCUUCCGAGAUCCUGGACGUCUCCUUGUCCAGGGCCACGGACUUGGGGGAACCUGAGCGGAGCUCCUCGGAAGAGACUCUGAACAACUUCCAGGAGGCCGAGAGCCCUGGCGCUGUCUCCCCCAACCAGCCUCGCCUUCUGCAGCAGCAGCAGCAGCAGCACCCCUCUUUGCCACAUCCCCAUCAUCAUCAGAGUGUGGCCAUCAAUGGCAGCAUCCACCCUUCUCAGGGACAUCAUUACCACCACCACCACCAUGGACAUCACCAUGCGCCACACUCCGGGAUGGUCGGCCCAGCGGCUCCCGGAGGACCUCCGUUUAGCCCAUCGUUUAGAAAACUGUCCACCGCUGCAAGCUCCGAUAGCGUUGUAGCAGCUGCCGUGCCCGUUUCUGCUGCAUCAUCUGCUGGUAUGCCUGUGGCCGCUCUUGUGUCUCAUUUCCACUCUGCUGGUACACCUGGGGUCACUUCAGCCAGCGGAGCUCCGACCAGCACUUUAAGCAGCGAGACUAGUGGUAGCUCUAGUGGGGUGAGCAGCGUGCCCGGUCCCGUUAAUGUGAAUCUAAGUAACUUCACAAGUACUGGUAGCAUAACUAGUGGCAGUGUUAAUGUGGCGGUCUCGAGUGGGCUUGGCAAUGGCACGAGUACUUCCUCUAGCGCUGGAAAUUCCAGCGCAGGAGGAGUUGCUGCAGCAGCAGUAACAUAUAGUCAGCUGCAGCCUGCAGCCAGCACCUCGAGGUUUAGAGUUGUGAAACUGGAUUCAAGUUCAGAACCUUUCAAGAAGGGUAGAUGGACAUGCACAGAGUUCUACGACAAAGAGAACCUCAUGCCAGUUGCAGAAGGAGUAGCUGUAAAUAAAGCGCUAGACACUCUCAAACAAAAUUCACUUGAUGUGACUUCUGAAAGGGAGAGUACCAGUGGGAGCUCAGUUAGUAGCAACGUAAGCACACUGAGUCACUAUACUGAAAGUGUGGGAAGUGGGGAGAUGGGAGCACCAGCGGUAGCACAGCCGCCGCCAUUUCAAGCAGCAGGUUCUCAGCAGUUGGAUUUUGGCAGCACCGGCCCUCAACCUGCUCCAGCACCCAGCAUACCCCAGAGUGUUUCUCAGUCACAGCUUGCACAGCCGCAGCUUCAUCCUCAAGAUGUAAAUUAUCCUCCUCAAAAGCAAGGGGUCCAGCCUCCUGCAUCAGCUGUCCCUCCUCCAGUAAACAUAGUAGGUGGCCAUCAACAGCCUGCCAUGGCACAGCAGCUGCCAUACACGCAACCAGCGCAGCCUGUGCCACCUGUUCCGGUUGUGCCACAACUGCACCAAUUGCCAUAUGGGCAAGGACAGGCACAGCACCCACCACCACAGCAGCAGCAGCAGCAGCAGCAGCAGGUACCUCUGCAGAUGGCCCCAGGGCAUGUUAAACCAGUGAAUCAGAAUUCUGUCACAGGGCCUAUGCCAGAUUACGUACAGCAGCAGCAAAUGCUUCAGACUCCAGCUUCUAUGCAGCCAGGACCUACAAUGGUAGGAACGGCCAUGCCGGCGCCUGUUGCUCAGGCACCAAGUAUGCAGCCUUCUGUACAAGCACACCUGGCAGUAGCAUCCUCUCAGCCCGCUGCACAUGCUCAGACAGCAAUGCUGACCUCAGGAGCUGGUGCUCAAACAGUGAAUGUUGGACAACAAGGAAGUGUAACUCCCAUGGUGCAGCAGCCAGCAGUUGCAAAUCAAAUUGCCCCUUCGGUGGUGGCACAGAGCGCUCCUCCUCCACCUUCCCACGUGGGAACGCCUGUUCCAGCAGGCGUUGUUCAUCCCGGGUUGCAAGGUAGCACAUCAAGCCUUCCUCAACCCUUGGUUAUUGUUCCACAGAGUACUUUGUUACCAAUGCAAGCAGCAGAAUCCCUUGUUCAAGGAAUGGCUGGUCAGCAAUUGCCUGCUGUUAGCCCUGUACCUUCUGCCAGUGCUGCUUCUGUCCCAUGCCAGUCUGCUGCGAACGUGUCGCCCACACCUAUGAGUUUGCCUCCUUCAAAGAACAUAGCACAAUCAUCAGGUGCGCAGAAUGGGAACUUGGUCCAGAAUGUGUCUCAGCCUUCCUUGAUGUCUGCUAGCAUCAAUUUGCCCGCAGUCCAAAAUGUGCCACAACAGGUACCACUGAACUCUGCCCAGUUUUCUGCCCAGUCUCUUGUUCAGUCAAUUACAACCCGAAGUGAAGAUUCCAAACGCUCCACGGAACCCACCUUGGUUGGCCUGCCCCAAACCGCCAGUGGAGAAAGUGGCGCUGGAGCAUCAUCAGCCGUGUCAGACGGAGGCAGCAGCAUGGCCGCCUCUCUUUUCCCCCUGAAGGCACUUCCGCUGACAGUGCAACUUGUUGAUGGUGAGGAUGAGAGCUCCUCCGGUGCGAGCGUCGUAGCGAUCGACAACAAAAUCGAGCAAGCCAUGGAUCUCGUAAAGAGUCAUUUGAUGUAUGCCGUAAGAGAGGAAGUGGAGGUUCUCAAAGAGCAGAUCAAAGAGCUGAUUGAGAAGAACAACCAACUGGAGCAGGAAAACAACCUUCUGAAGACGCUGGCCAGUCCAGAGCAGCUGGCCCAGUUCCAAGCACAGCUGCAGACGAGUCCAUCGCCUGCAUCCUCCCAGCCGCAAGGGACAACUCCGCAGCCUUCCCAGCCAUCAUCACAAGGCUCCGGACCGUCGGCAUAGUCUGCAGUGUCUCGGGCAGAAGGUUUCUGGACUCUGCCAUGGCGGGACUGCCAGGAAUCCAACGUUGCCUAUUCCACCCUGCAUGCUGUUCCCCAGUCAUGAAGACUCUUCCGUGCCCCUGCAUUCCUAGCCACAGAAUGUUUUCUUUUCCUGUGUUUAGCUGUCCAUCGGGAAUGAGAGAGUUGAGCUUUCUUUUUUUAUAUAUAUUUUUUAAGUUGAGUGGGGGAGUGUCUCGCAAAUGUUCAGGGAAUUAGCACAAAUGCACUGGGGACGUGAGUGGCUUGCACAGGUGGCUGGUUGGCUGCUAAGACACAUGGAUCCGUGUGCCUAAAGUCUUUACCCUUAAGACUUUUCCAUGUGGCGCUGCAGUGAAUGCGAGUGCUGUUAAUCGUGGAGAUAUGAAGAAAAACCGCUGGGGUAAUGGGGUGAAGACCCAUUCUCCAGCAUUCAACAAAGAAGCCAAAGUAAGGACUGAUUAAAAAAAGGACUGCGGGAGACGAGGAUAUUUUGGCUUUCGACGCCUGCAACCUUAAAAUGCAGAUAAAUGCACUCAUUGUUUUCUGUAGCCAAGGAUGGGUGCAAAAAGUUGUAUUUCUAGGAGGAGAGCAGGUAGGUGGCACAUCAUUGUGACACAGGAUCAUUAAAAAAAUGAAGGCUUAUUUGCUUCAUGUAUAUUUGUGUAUUUAGUGUAAUUACUUUGUAAAAUAGGAACUGUAACUACUCAUUAAGUUGUACAGUGUGAAUUUAAAGAAUGAACUGAACAAGUUUGGAUAGGGUUUUUUUAUUUUAUUUUUGAUGCUGCGUGAAUAAGAUUUGCACCUAUUCAGCUCUUCAGAAAUUGGCUGAUGCUGUUUAUGUAAGUUUUGAACAUUUCCUUGGAGCCGAAUACCUUGAAAUCAAACUCUGUUCACCACAAUUCAGUUUCAUUCAGAGGGAAUCAAUUCACAAAAUCAAAAACAGUUUCUCACUCAGUCUUUUUUUGCAUAUGAUCUGUAUAGUACUAUGCAUAUGUUCCUGUGCAUGUCCUUGAGAGGGAAAAGGAAAAUUGUAAAAUGUCAGUAUAUUUAACUGUUGCACUUCUCAACUUCCAAUAAAGCAUAAAACAUUGAUUUAGAA